AUGAAGACGGCCAGGUGCGAGGCGCUGAUUGAUCAACAAGUUCGAGCCGCGGCCAGAUUUAUCCGUCGACCACACGCAGCAGUCGACUCGCGAACAAACAGAAGUCUCUGCCCGGCGCGAGGCACGGCGCAGACGUCAUCGAUGCUCCGCGCCCAUCGAGCCGCGGUCGCCAUCGACCGGCCGCCGACGCCGCGUCGUGCGGCGGUCGGCGGCGCGUGCACCGCGUCCGCGUCGAUGACUCGCGCGGGCGGCGGCGGCGCCUCCCGCGCGUCGCCUCGGCCCGGUCGUUGUCCGCGUCAUGGACCGUGCCGGUCGGGCGGGAGCCGCGCGCGCGUUCGCGCCGCCGACGCCGCCGCGGCUUCGUCGUCGCCGUCGGCGGAUACGAACGCACCCGCGCGCCUCGUGUUGUACACCAAGCCCGGGUGCUGCCUCUGCGACGGCCUCAAGGAGCGCCUGGACGAGGUGCUCGCCAGCGACGCGAUGCUGGCGUCCGCGCCCGCGCUCAGGGGCGCCUCGCUCGAGCUGAGGGACGUCUCCACGAAUGAGGAGUGGGCGACGAAGCACGCCAUGGAGGUUCCGGUGCUCCGCCUCCUCCUCGACGACGACGACGAGGGCGGCGGCGAGCGCGAGAUCCCGCUGCCGAGGCCGGCGCCGAGACUCUCGGCGGCGAGGCUCGCCAUCAGGCUCGGGCAGGACGUCGACGCGGCGCGGGGAGGGCACGGCGGGUCCUCGAGGAAGGGGUGGAGCGUGCGCACCGGCGGCGGCGCUGGGAUCGGAGCGGCGGGGACGGCGCCGUCGUCGCCGUCGUCGUCGGGCGGGGGAUGGUCGGUGGUCAGCGACAAAGGUUGGUAG